AUGGCUGCCGGUUUCACCGCUCAGCCCGACGAAGGAUACUCGGAAGAUCCUCUGACGGCAUUGUCGCUGGCGGCGUCAUCUGCGAACUCGUUGACUAAGUCCCGAGAGGGCGGCGGUCUGGCAGCGCUGGCAGCUUCGAGAGGCGGCAAUGACUUCCCCCAGUGGAUGCUGGACCAUCUCUCCGAGCUCCCAAUAUCUCGCAAGACCGAGCUUGUGAUGGCCUUGCUCAAUGAGCUUCCCACUCGCGUUGUGUCACAGAUCGUGAACCAACUAUCGCCCCGUCUUUACAUCGACUUCGUCAGUUAUCUCCCUCCGGAAGUGUGCUUGAAGAUCCUGGGCUACCUAGAUCCCGUUUCGCUGAUCAACGUCGCACAAUGCUGUCGGGCAUGGUACGAUUUGGCCUUGGAUCGGAAGCUAUGGGAGCAGCUUUACUAUCUCGAAGGCUGGAAGGUCCUGCCCGACGAGAUGGCACGGGCAGAGGCCGAAAUGAAUGGGCGUUUUGCCGGCUCGGAUCGUAGCGGCGUACGGAGGACGUCAUCCGAAGAGGAUGGCAAUUCAGUUAAAAAGCGGGCCAUCUCACACUCCCCGAAACUGGAUGCGGACAUAGACAUGGAGAUGGCUGAUGUGGAAUCAUCUAUCCCUCGUGAGAGCUCCUCAGAUUCAAGGAUGUCUGGGAUGUCGGGGCACAGCAUAUUUGGCGGGUACCAGACACCUGGGGGACAGGGCAUCGUUUCCGGUUCCAAGAACAAAAUGGCAGACAAAGGCAAGGGUAAAGAGCUGGCAUCCUGCCCGUCUAGUUCUGCGCCGUCGAGCAUUUCCGCAGCAAGGCUGUCGGGUCCUCGGCCACGGAUCGAAAAGUCGACUCUUUGGGUUUGGGACACAGGCUCAAAGCGAUACAGGCUCAACUGGAAAUAUCUCUAUUCCAUGCGGCGUCGGCUGGAGGCGAACUGGGAGCGUGGAAAGUAUACCAACUUUCAGUUUCCACACCCCGAUCAUCCCGAAGAAGGUCAUGGAGAAUGUGUUUACACGAUUCAAUACAACUCACAGUAUCUCGUCAGUGGCAGCAGGGAUCGGACUAUCAAGAUCUGGGACAUGAAGACCAAGAGAUGUUUACGAACUCUCAGGAAGCACCAGGGUUCAGUGUUGUGCCUGCAGUUUGACUCGGACCCUGAGGAAGAUAUCAUUGUUUCUGGCAGCUCGGAUUCAGACGUCAUCAUCUGGAAGUUCUCAACCGGUCAGGAGGUCCAGAUUCUUAAGCAUGCUCACCGCGAGUCGGUUUUAAACGUUCGAUUUGACAAGCGCGUCUUGGUGACGUGUUCUAAGGAUAAAACGAUUAAGGUUUUCAAUCGCCGACCGUUACGGUACGGCGAUUUGGGAUACCAGCCGGUCGAUCCUGUCGGCAGGUUAGUUAAGGAUCCCGCUAACAGCAUUCCAAUGAGCCCGGAAGACUAUCCAGUGAUACCCCCUUGGACCAUGAUCGGUGUGUUGGAAGGGCAUAAUGCGGCCGUCAAUGCAGUGCAGGUGCAUGGCAGGGAAGUGGUGUCUGCUAGUGGCGAUCGGCACAUCAAGAUCUGGGACUGGCCGAAGCAGACAUGCGUGCGCACGAUUCUAGCGCAUAAUAAGGGCAUUGCAUGCGUGCAGUAUGACGGUCGCCGGAUUGUGAGCGGUAGCAGCGACAACGAGGUCAAAGUUUUUGACCGCCAGUCGGGUGUUGAAGUGGCAAGCUUACGUUCUCACACUAAUCUUGUGCGUACUGUGCAUGCUGGUUUUGGCGACCUGCCGUACAGUGUCGAAGAUGAUCUCCGCGAGGCCAGGCGCGUCGACGAAGAGUACUGGAAGGCGUUCGAGCAAGGCCUGCUUGAUGACUCUCAACGCUCAAGACAAGGCCGGCGCCAGGGCAAUGCUGGGUCUAGGAGACCGCAAGACAUCCGCGCGAUCGGAGCUAGUCUCCCCCCGGGCGGCGGUGGUGGCAAGUAUGGCCGCAUUGUCAGUGGAAGUUACGAUGCCAGCAUCAUUGUUUGGAGAAGGGAUAAAGAGGGGGUCUGGAAGGACCAGCAUCACUUCAAGCAGGAGGAUGCUGCGCUCAAUGCCUUGCGUCAGCACUGGGCUCGGCAGGCCAUGUUACAGCAGCAACAACAAGCCUACCAGGCCGCUCAACAACAACAGCAGCAGCAGGCAGGAGGGCAAAGAAGAGGUGCUGCACCACCUUCGACAACUCCUCUUGCUCCUGGAGGCACGCCUAGCCUUGCCGUUGAUGCAACGCUCCCUCCUACCGGCACCAUCGCAUCCCAAUCAAACCAACCGGGUCACAACUCAACGCCAACGGCUUCGUUUGUUGGCCACAGCCCACUCCAACCGAUUUAUCAGAUCAUUGACAAUGCGGUGCAAAACGGCCCGCAGGCUCUCCUCGAAGCGAUUGCCACACACCCGGCCAUCCUUCAGCAACGGACUUAUGUCAAUUCCGCGAUUGAUAGACUCCCCGAUCCAGUUUCAAGAAGCCAGCUCCGACAGGCCUAUUCAGGGGCAAUAAUCCGUGCUCAAUUCCAGCAUGUACAGCAAAAUCGUGAGGAACUGCAGACCCAGACAGAGGGUACACCAGCUCCAGCGUCUACUUCUGCUGCCGGCCCAGGUUCCUCACAGUCCGCAGACAUCCCAGUUGCUGUCGCUGCCAGCAGCACGCACCCCGGAUCACCCGCAAUGCACCCCUAUCACAACCUCACCCCAGCCCAGAUUGCCGCUGCUGAGGCACACCAAGCCCACUCCUUCUUCCCCGACCGACGAUUCAUUCCUCCUCCGCCACCAGCCCUCGCACCGGUCAACCUCGCCGGGCCGAAUCCCCUUGCCUCUCAUGCAGCCAUCGCUCCCGCAGCCCUUGUCUCGCCCCAUGUGGCAGCGGCGCCGGCGUUGCAGCAUCACCCGCACAUCGCGCAACCGCCGCUCGAGAUGCCCGACACGGGCAACCCUGCGCGGGUGUUCAAGCUGCAGUAUGAUGCCAGACGUAUCAUUUGCUGUAGUCAGCGGAGCGUCAUUGUGGGAUGGGACUUUUGCAAUGGCGAUCCGGAGCUGGAAGAGGCUAGUCGGUUCUUCGGACCGAUCGAAUGA